CCGCCGUUCGUCGCCGCCGCCACUUGUCCAGGAGAGUGCCCAGGCGACCCCGCAUCGCCACUCGCCCAGGAAGUGUUGCUGCUCGCCCAGGAGGUUUGCCGCCUGCCCAUCCGGCCUUCCGCUGCCUCCGGCGUCCCCCCUCAGCCCCUCUGACCUUUCCCAAAUCCUAAUUCCCUCUUGCACUACUUGAUGCCUCGCUGACUUGAAUGAUUUUUCCCUUUCAAUAGAUUAGUUCAAAUGUUCAACAUUACUGAUGGUUAGCUCCUGUAGUAUAGAGUUUAUUAGUUCAAUGUAGAAACCCUUUUCGUAAAAAAUAAUAAUUUUAAUUUUAGUAAUCUUUGUUCCUGUGAGAGGAGGAUCUUGACUUUUGGUAUGCCUUAAAACUGGGGUAAUCUUUGGGGGCGAUUUUUUGCCCUUAGUUUUUUGGCCUGGGAGUCCGACGGCGAGCAGGAGGCGGCGGCCACGCCGACGCUGGGAGACUCCACGGCAGGACGGCUGAAGGGCUGCCAGGAGCUCUCGCUGGAGGGCGACAUGCGAGAGAUGGCCAAGACGGCCGUCUGGAGCGUCAGCUCCAGCAAACCCGGCAAUGGCGCCGCCUCCCUACGCGAUGACAGCCUCGACACCUACUGGCAGUCAGACGGUGCGCACCCGCACUUGGUCAACAUCCAGUUCCAGAAGAAGGUGCAGCUGCAGCUUGUUGUGCUGUACGUGGAUUUCAAGUUGGACGAGAGCUACACGCCGAGCAAGAUCUCCAUCCGGGCCGGCGACGGCUUCCACAAUCUCAAGGAAAUUAAAACGGUGGAACUUUCAAAGCCAGUAGGAUGGGUUCAUAUAUCAUUAUCUGGCACUGAUCCCCGAGAAACAUUCGUUCAUACAUUUAUGCUCCAAAUUGCGGUGUUGGCCAAUCACCUGAACGGGAGGGACACUCAUGUCCGACAAAUCAAGAUAUACGGGCCACGACCGAACCCCGUUCCCCACCAGCCUUUCAUCUUCAUUUCCAGGGAAUGCAUAAUGUAUUCCACCGUCAGGUGAGACUGAGAUUCCGUGAACCCUCGCCACCUCAUGUCACGUGGGAGGGAUCAUCCACGGUCAAGGUGCAGACCUUGAUUGUGGCCUGCGCGCUUUUGUAAGAACGCCGACAUGGACUAAGUAGCCGAUGAAGUGUUCAGCCUAUGUUAUUGUGGAUCGAGUUGCCGCUGAAGCAUCAUCAUGGUGUCUCUCUGAACAUCUACCAUGUAGCUUUUUCUUUUUUUGAGACAAAUCUACCAUGUAGCUGAUCUUGUAUUACAUUCCAUCAGUGGAGAAGAAGUUUUUUUCUA